AUGAAGUUUACUACCACAUUCGUUGCACUGACCGAUGCCGUCGCCAUCAAGGCAGCCACUCUCGGAAAGCGCCAAUCUACCGAGUGUGCCGGCGCUUCGAAGUCGAUGGCGGCCUACGAUCGUCCCUUCGUUUACCCUCUCUUCGAAGCAUGCAAGGAUGCACUCGGCGACUCUGUCGAGGCGAAGGAGAACCCGUGGGUGAACAGGAACUGUGUCGCUGCCGCCGUCGCAGCCAGUAUCCCGACAUUCCAUGAUGGCCUGACUUGUGGCGUAAACACCACUUCGUCAGUCGAGCUCACCGAUAUCAGUACUUGGCCUAGCCUUGAUUACAACGUCUACGCGUCCAUUGUCGGCGACUGUGCCUGGGCUGAGGGUGGCUGCCCCAUCACCGAGCAGAACUUCAUCGACCUUAUCUACAGUGCCAUAUCUUCUGCUGGUGGCCCUUACCCCGACUCGACUGAGACUCUUGUGAACUAUUACAUCAAGCCGGUUUUCGAUUGGACGGGUUGCGAUCUGUCUGCUGGUAUUCCAUACACCAACUUCAAUGACUGGCUUCACUACUCGCCCACCAUCAACCACUGCUAUCCUACUCAGUGCGACUGA